CCCCUCGUCAUCCUCCUCGUUUUGCUCAACAGUUCUUUUUAUGUGUUGCUGCUGCAGAGACUCUCAACAGGUCGUGUUUUGUAGUUUGCUCAUUUCUCUCUUUUUUCUACUGCAAAAACACACCGCCCUGUUUUUUUCCUUCUUAUCGGAUACAUCUCUUCCACUUUCUUCGUCGAAGUUAAACCUAAUUUCUUUUUGGAGUUUAUUUUUUCUCUCGAGGAGGAGGAGGUAGAAAGAAAGCAGGAAUCAAGAGUAGAAGAAGGAGAAGAAGGGGAAGAAGAAGAAGAAGAAGAAAACACACACCUGGAGGAGUAAACCAUGGAAGUUCCUGGUAUGCAGAAUUCUCAGAUCGAUCCGGAGGAGUUGUUCACUAAAUUGGAUCGCAUUGGAAAAGGAUCUUUUGGAGAGGUAUUCAAAGGAAUCGAUAACCGUACUCAGAGCGUAGUUGCCAUAAAGACGAUAGAUCUGGAGGAGGCUGAGGACGAGAUCGAGGACAUCCAGCAGGAGAUCACCGUUCUGAGUCAGUGCGACAGUCCGUACAUCACCAAGUACUUCGGCUCCUAUCUGAAGGGCAGUAAACUAUGGAUUAUUAUGGAGUAUCUGGGUGGAGGUUCAGCGCUCGACUUGCUUCGGGCGGGUCCGUUUGAUGAGUCCCAGAUUGCCACCAUGCUGAAGGAGAUCCUGAAGGGUCUGGACUACCUGCACUCUGAGAAGAAGAUCCACAGAGACAUCAAAGCUGCCAACGUGCUGCUGUCGGAGCACGGCCAGGUGAAGCUGGCGGACUUCGGGGUGGCCGGUCAGCUGACGGACACGCAGAUCAAGAGGGAAACCUUCGUGGGAACGCCGUUCUGGAUGGCGCCCGAGGUCAUCCAGCAGUCCGCCUACGACUCCAAGGCCGAUAUUUGGUCGCUGGGCAUCACGGCCAUCGAGCUCGCCAAGGGUGAACCCCCGAACUCGGACAUGCAUCCCAUGCGAGUGCUGUUCCACAUCCCCAAGUCUCCUCCUCCGACGCUGAGCGGAGAUUUCUCCAAGAGCUUCAAGGAGUUCACCGAGGCGUGCCUGAACAAGGACCCAACCUUCCGUCCAACAGCCAAAGAGCUCCUCAAACACAAGUUCAUCAUCAAACACUGUAAGAAGACGUCCUACCUCAGCGAGUUGAUUGACAGGUACAGGCGGUGGAAGGAGGAGGGGCACAGCGGCAGCAGCUCCGACGACUCAGACGGUGAGUCCAGUAAUAAGGAGAACAGCGACUCACCUGAGUGGUCUUUCACCGUGGUCCGUAAGCCGAAGACACCGAAGGCACCGAAGGAAGGGACAGUCCUCAAUGGAACGGGUCAGGACCAGCUGACUAAAUCUGCCAGUCUGACCACAGUCAUCUCUCCUGUCUUCACUGAGUUGAAGCAGCAGCACAAGGAGCACUCUGAGCAGCGAUUGGCCAUCGAGGAGCUUGAACGCAACAUCCGAUUGGCUGAAGAGGUCUGUCCCGGCAUCACGGACAGGAUGGUCACACACAUCAUUGCCAGAUUCGCGACCAACUGAGGGACUCGAAAAAGUUUUUUGGG